AUGGCAGAAAGAAUUGGAAAAGAAAGCUUAAAUGAAUAUGACACCGAUAAUGCAGGUAGUGAAAAUAAUGAUCUACUUCAAACAGUCACGGAAGAUGUAGUAAUGCGUCCUCCGAGACCACCCGAACAAGCAAUGGGACCAUACUUUCAGUUUAUCACAACAGAUUUAGAAAACAUGUUAUGGAUUGGUAGUGUUUUAAUAUUUCGACAUGUUUCAUACGAUCAACCAACAAUCGAAUUUACUACAACAGUUAAAAUUGAUUAUGAUUGGGAAACUCUAUAUGAGAACAUAUUUGAUAUGCGAGCUUAUCGAAUAAAUCUUAAUAUUGAAUUACCUCAAGGCACUGGUGAUGAAAAAAUUGGUUGGAUAAUUAAUUGGGGUGAUAAAACAACAAAUGGACUAUUUCAUAUUGCUCAAUAUGAUCAAAAAUGGCGUGGUGCAUUUUUUUCCUGCAAUGGUUUUGAUGCUACUGUAUCAAAAGAAGUUGCAUUAGGUCUUACUUAUAAUACUGUUUGGAAUCAUCUUCUUUCUUGUCAUGAUGAAAAUCCAUUUCAUCUAUUAAUUUGGGGUGGCGAUCAAAACUACAAUGAUUUUGUUAUUGACGAUGUACCAUUUCUUCAAGAUUGGUCACAUUUAGGAUGGGAUAAAAAAUGGACACAUGAAUUUUCAGUUGAAGGAAAAUAUGAAGUUGAACAAUAUUAUUUUAAUAAUUAUGCUGAACAUUGGGCACGUCGACCAGAAAUGAUCAAAGCAUUAGGAUCAAUUCCAAGUCUAAUGAUGUGGGAUGAUCAUGACAUUUAUGAUGGUGCUGGUUCCUAUCCUUCAUUACUUCUCAAUAGUCCAAUUAUGACGGGAUUAUUGGAACUAGCACAAAAGAUGCGACUUCUUUUUCAACAUCAUACUACACCAGAAAAAGCUCGAAAACAUCGAUUAUUCGGCUAUCAAGGUCAUAAUUUUCUUGCUCAAUGUGGUCCCAAUUUAGCACUUUUAGGUGCUGAUGGUCGUACUGAACGCGAUGACAAAACAGUGCAACAUGAAAAAACGUGGGAUAUAAUUUUCGAAAAAUUGGAUAAUGAUCUACACAAUGUCAAACAUUUGAUUGUUAUAUUUGCUGUUCCAUUUUCAUUUGCACGUUUUAAAAUGGCUGAAUCUAUUCUUGAAGCAUGGAAAAAAUUAUCUAUGGCAUGGCGAAAUAUUCCACUUAGUAAACAAACAAAUUCAGUUUUCGGUUUGCCUGAAAUUUAUGAUGAUCUUGUCGAUGAAUGGACACAUGAAUCUCAUAUGGGUGAACGAAAUCGUGUUCUAUCUCGUUUUCAACAAAUUGCUCAAAAGAAAAAAAUACGAAUAACAUUUUUUAGUGGUGAUGUUCAUUGCUGUGGUGUUAGUCGAUUUCAAACUCGAGAAAAAAAAGAUCUAUCAGACAUUAAUGAUUCUAAAUUAAUGUAUCAAAUUAUUUCAUCUGCCAUUGUUAAUAGACCACCACCACAAAUAGUUAUUCGUGUUGCUCAUUUUUUUACUUCUACAUGGCAUCCAAUUGCUGAUACUGAAGAAGCAUUCCUUGACUUUUUUACGCAAGCACCAGAAAAUGGAGCAAGAUUAUUUCUUAAAAAAUUGCUUCCAAAUCGAAAUUGGUGCUAUUUUGAACAAUGUACAACAAUGGAUUUGACUCAUACUAAUUGUGUUAUUCCAACUGGCUUUCUCAAUCGAUAUUUUUGGCCAUUCAUAUAUUUUCUUCUAUUAUUGACUGGUUUGGGUUGGAUUAUUGAUUGGAUAGAUCGAAAAAAUACAUCGACAGUAGUACAUAGAAAUCAAAAAGAAUUAUCAUCAUCAUCAUCAUCUCAUUCGACUAGUGAAUUAGAGCAAGAAGAAAAUAACUUAAAAAUUCGAUUUUGGUUGGAAAAUAACGAAAAAAAGAAACCUGGAUCACCAUUUGCAAGUUAUGAACUAUUUAUUCCUAAUUUGAAAUGA